CUGAAAAAACCUACGAGACACGGCAGCAUUCUGAGCAGAGAGUCUCCAGCUGACAAGAAACAGAAGGUCGAGCGCUGCAGUAGUACCCACGACUUUGAUCCGACAGAUAGCUCCUCCAAGAAGACAAAGUCUAGUUCAGAGGAGAGUAGAUCCGAGACGUAUGGUCUUGUUCAACGGUGUGUUGUUAUCCAACGGGAUGAGAAUGGUUUUGGGCUGACAGUCAGUGGAGACAACCCAGUCUUCGUGCAGUCAGUCAAAGAAGAUGGAGCAGCCAUGCGGGCUGGAGUGCAAACAGGUGAUAGAAUUAUCAAGGUGAAUGGCACUCUUGUAACACACUCAAACCAUUUGGAGGUGGUAAAGCUGAUCAAGUCGGGUUCCUAUGUAGCUCUCACUGUCCAGGGGCGACCACCGGGGUCGCCCCAGAUUCCCUUGGCUGAUUCUGAAAUGGAUCUGGUGGCAUUUGGGCAAGUGUCUCGCAUCAUGACGUCCCCCCAUUCGCCUGGCACAUCAGGAAAUGCAGAAAGGAUUACUAGCCCAGUACUUAUGGGGGAGGAGAAUAAUAUUGUCCACAACCAGAAGGUGGAGAUUCUGAGAAAGAUGCUGCAGAAAGAGCAGGAGAGGCUGCAGUCUCUGCAAGAAGAAUAUAGUCGAUCACCCACCCCACGACUGCUCAAGGAGAUCCAGGAAACAAAGAAGCACAUUCCUCAGUUGCAGGAGCAGUUGUCCAAAGCCACAGGCUGCGCUCAGGAUGGAGUCUUGUCCUCCAGGUCUGUGACAGAAUCUCUGCAAAUCAGUGAAGUGGAGGCAGAGAGUGGGGAUUGUGUGAGCAAACUGGAUUACAGUGGUGACAGCCCCUCGCGACCCAACAGUGACAUUGCUGAUAGUCCUCGCAGUGGCCUGAAGGAGCGGAUGUAUCCAGAUGAGAGCCCAGAAAAGACUGAGCUUCAAGAUACUGAUUCCCAGUCCAGUGUUGGAAGUCCAUUAUCCCGAGUGGGGCCUCAGAUCAUUGGAGCAGAGGAUGAUGACUUUGACACUGAACAGGAGCAGAUUAAUGGACAAUGCAGCUGUUUCCAAAACAUUGAGCUCCUGAAGUCUCGCCCAGCUCACCUAGCUGUUCUGCUGCAUCAUGUAGUGUCCCAGUUUGAUCCUGCAGCACUGUUGUGCUACCUUUACACAGACUUGUACAAGCAGACCAACUCCAAAGAGACUCGGCGUGUCUUCCUGGAGUUCUACCAGUUCUUCUUGGACCGAGCUGCACAUCUAAAAGUUCCAGUUCCAGAUGAAAUCUCCUUAGAACUAGAGAGAAGAAGGCCAGAACUCAUUCCUGAAGAGCUUCAUCGCCAGUUUAUACAAACUAUGCAAGAUAAAGUCUGUCCAGAAGUUCAAAAGAAUCUGGAAGAUUUCAGGCAGAAACGUAGUAUGGGAUUGACCCUGGCAGAAGGAGAACUAACCAAGCUGGAUGCAGAACGAGUUCGGGACCGGAAUGCGGUGGAGAAGGAAAGAGCAUGUGCAGAGCAGAUUAUUGCUAAAAUUGAGGAAGUCUUGAUGACGUCUCAGCCUUUGGAAGAAGACAAGAGUUCCACAAUGCAGUAUGUGAUUCUUACUUACAUGAAGCACUUGGGAGUCAAAGUCAAAGAACCUCGGAACCUGGAGCAGAAGCGUGGCCGGAUUGGUUUCUUGCCAAAGAUCAAGCAAAGUAUCAAGAAAGAGAAAGAAGGAGAGGAAAAAGGAAAGAGAAGAGGCUUUCCUAAUAUUCUGGGCCCACCAAGGAGACCGAGUCGACAUGAUAGCAGUGCAAUUGGCAGAGCCAUGGAAAUGCAGAAGCCCCGGCACACAAAGCACGUACCCACAGCUCCCUCUGUCAGCCCAGAGCCAUCAGAUACCAGCAAGAUGCGCCAGAGUGGGUCCUCCAGUGAGGGCACAGAUGCACCAUACCCACCUGCCAACCCAAUGUCUCCUUUGGCAGUGGGUCCCUUUUCCUCUCCAGAAGGAAGCAAGGAGAGUGAAACAGGUUUGAAGCAGACUGGAGAAGCUCCACCUGCUAAUGAGUGUGUGGAUGGCACACCCCGCACACCUAAUAACACCUUUGAAUUCCCAUGUCCUUUGGAAAACUUGCAGGAGGAGGACGGAGAAUCAGAGAGAAUGGUUGACAUGGGAACACCAAAGCCUUUUCGAAAGGUGGACAGUGUUGGUUUUGCAGAUGUGCAAAGUGAAGAUGAGCUGUAUGAUUUUGACAUGGACAUGGACCCUCCCAACUGGCAGCAACUUGUGAGCCGAGAAGUGUUGAUGGGGCUGAAACCCUAUGAAAUCAAGCGCCAAGAAGUGAUUAAUGAGUUGUUUUACACCGAGAGAGCUCACGUCCGCACGCUGAAGGUUCUGCACAACGUCUUCUACCAGCGUGUCACCCGGGAGGGCAUCCUCAACUCCAGUGACAAACGGAAAAUCUUCUCCAAUCUGGAGGAUAUCCUUGGGCUUCAUGUUGCAUUGAAUGAUCAGAUGAAAGCUGUCCGGAAAAGGAAUGAGACUUCUGUUAUUGGCCAAAUUGGGGAAGACUUGCUUUCCUGGUUUAGUGGACCAGCAGAGGAGAAGCUGAAACAUGCAACUGCCACGUUCUGCAGUAACCAGCCCUUUGCUCUAGAGGUCAUCAAGUCCCGCCAGAAGAAGGACUCUCGCUUCCAGACUUUUGUGCAGGAUGCUGAGAGCAAUCCCCUGUGUCGCCGGCUGCAGCUGAAGGAUAUCAUUCCUAAAGAGAUGCAGAGGUUGACUAAGUACCCUCUGCUGCUGGAUAACAUUGCUAAGUACACAGAACUGCCUGAAGAGAAAGAGAAGGUGAAGCAAGCAGCAGAUCAUUGUCGUCAGAUCCUUAACCAUGUGAACCAGGCUGUCAAAGAGUCUGAGAACAAGCAGCACUUGGAAGAUUAUCAGCGUCGUCUCGACCUCUCCUACUUGAAGUCUGAGGAUCCCAUGAUGGAGGAAUUCAGGAAUUUGGAUCUAACAAAGAGAAAAAUGCUCCAUGAAGGUCCUCUGAUUUGGAAGGUCAAUCGUGACAAAACGAUCGAUCUCUACACUCUGCUUCUGGAGGACAUUCUGGUGCUGUUGCAGAAACAAGAUGAUAAACUCAUCCUGAAGUGUCACAGUAAAAUCUUGGCAUCCACAGCUGAUAGUAAACACACCUUCAGUCCCAUCAUCAAACUGAACACUGUUCUGGUUCGACAGGUGGCAACAGAUAACAAAGCUUUCUUCGUCAUCUCCAUGUCAGAGAAUGGUGCUCACAUUUAUGAACUGGUGGCACAGACUGUCUCAGAAAAGAAUGUGUGGCAGGACCUUAUAGCUCAGAUGGCAGGGACUGUAAAAAUGGAGAGUACUAGAAGAGUGAUUCCACUGCCACCACAGUCAGGACCUGGAGAAGAGGAGCGUGAAGAAGAGGAGCACCAGAAGCUCAAGGAGCAGCAUGACAUUCCUGCCAGUAGUCUACAAAGUCCAGAUAAAGAUCUGGGACUUGAAUCUCCCUUAUUACUGAAUGCUCAGUCUUCUUCACCCAUCAUGUCUGAAAAGUCCAAGGUAGAAAGUCUUCUUGUGGCAGAAAGACAGUUUGACAAAGUGCAGCAGGCAGAGCUGACUCUGAAAGAUUCUUCUGCAUGCUACGAGCACCCAUCCUCCAGUUUACCUUCUGAAUCAGAAGGGCAGUGGGCACUGGAUGCACUGAGGAACUUGGGCUUGCUGAAACAGCUGCUGGUGCAGCAGCUUGGCUUUGCUGAGAAGGGGACCCUUGAAGACUGGCAACGCUUUCCCAGGUUCAGGACCAUUUCUCAAGAAGCCCAAACAGAGAGUGAAAGUGAGCCUGGGCUGCAGCACUCUGACAGGAACAAAUUUCACCAGCCUGGAGCAGACAGAACACUUCCCAGAACAGGGACUCAGGAAUCCACAGCUGGUUAUGGCCUCCGGACUUCAGCUGAGUCACCAGCGCCAGGAGAUGCCAUGCAGCUGGUCGGGAGAGACCCCGGGUCGAGUAGCAACUUAGCAAUAGACCAGAUGAAUCUGGAGAUCUCAGCCCCAGAGCUGGAAGGGGGGGUGGGUGCUGAUGACAGUGGGGAGCAUUUUUUUGAUGCCCGAGAAGCUCACAUUGAUGAAAAUCCAUCUGAAGGUGAACUCAUGGAAAGGAAGGAGGAAGAGGAUGUGCAAAUACGGAUCUCAGGAAAUUAUUUGAUCCUUGAUGGAUACGGAACAGUGCAGGAGAGCUCCACAGAUGAGGAGGUAUCAUCUCUAGUUCUCCAGUGCACGGCGGGUGGCCGCACCUCUUUGGACUCUGCCCAGCAGCAGCCCCUUUCCCCACGGGACACCCAGUCAGAUGGAGGAAGCUCCCCAUUUGCUGAGGAGAUGAUGGCCUCACGCUGGGGGGCAGUGGAAGAGUCCUGCUCCUUUGCAGCAAGCCCUCCCUUCUCUCUGGAGUCACGGCUGCAGAUGAUGCGGUAUAUUCAGAAGAUAGAGGAUGACCUUGAAAAGCUAAAGGAGGUUGAGGAAGACUACACCGUGCUGCGACGCCAAGGGCUGGCUGGAUCAGCCUCCACAGGAGAGCACUCAGACAAAAGCUAGUCAUGUUUUCAGAAGUGGCUGAAGACUGGAUGAAGAGUAUCAGGACACAGCACCUGCUGUCUUCCCUGUGGACUCUGAGAUGAGAGGUUUUGAACCAUCCAGACAUGAACUGUAACUGCAGCAAAGUGGGCAUGGGGUGCUUUUCCUGUGGGGCAUCUGCACUAUCUUGUCAGUGAGGGAGUCUGUUGUAUUUCUGCUCCUCUCCUUGCUACCAGAAAAUUCAUUUUUCAGAACAGAAAAACCAAACCAAAUGUACAGAGCUUUGGGUGUAGGAUAUAAAAAUGUAUUUAGACAUUUAAAAAA